UCGCUGCACUAACCCGAGCGAAACACACGCGCACCACACUCGUCGAGACUCGCGUCAGGAUGCCGAACAGAACGCAGGAAUGGACGCGCCCGUCCCUGCGCACGCCGGGUAUCUUCAUCUUCGGUCUUGUCAUGGCGCCCUGCGGCUGGGUGCUCAACUUGACCGCCACCGUGGCCCCCAACUGGAGAACCCUGGAGGAGCCCAACAGACCGCCCAACGAGUUCAUCGAGCAGGGCAUCUGGGACAUCUGUCGGUCCGUCACUACGUCCACGUCAUCCACUUGCGGCCUGGAUGAUGACACGUACUUCGGUAAUGAUAUCAUCGAGGUGGCCCAGGGACUCAUGGUGGCAUCGCUAGUGGUUACCCUCGUGGGCUUGGCUGUGGCCAUCCCUGGGAUCCGCUGCUGGAAAGAGAGGCCAAACUGGGUGGUGGCCGGCCUGGGAGGGAUUUUGAUCUUCAUCUCGGGGGUGUUCACACUCAUCCCAAUCUCCUGGUACACUCACAUCCUAGAAGACAUCACCACAGAGACCGAAAUUGAGACCGUGAGCGUGGGCUACUGCAUCGUUCUUGGUUUCAUCGGCGCUAUCUUCGAGAUCCUGGGCGGCUUCGUCAUGUUUAUCGGCAUCUGUCGCUGCUGCGGCGGGAAGAAUCGCGGCGAGGUGCGCGUGGAGGAAAUCGGGCCUAGUCGAUUCACUUCGCGGCCGCAGGCGCAGCCGAGACGCGUGGACGUACCCUCGCUGAGUCGGGGCCGGAGCCCCGCGCCCAGCAGCGUGCCCUACAUCCGGGAUACCCUGGACGACGAUAUUUCUUUCCCCCGGGCAAAGAGCACCGGGCCCCGCUCCAUCAACACCUCGUACAGCGGGAGGCCCUACGACGCUGACCUUUGAGGGGCCCCAAGUUUCCACACACGCGCACACACACACACGGAGAGAAAGAUGAUUUAUUACAGUAUUCCCCAACCUGCUUUCAAACAAGCCACGUGUUUUAUAUUGAAGAAAAAAAAAUCAAAUGUAGUAAGGAACUACAUUAACUCAUUGGGUGCCAUUGACAGCAAUACACGUCCAAUCCAUUUGGACUGAGAGUGUUGGCAUCGAAUAAAUGUUCAUUCAUUCGCUGCAAACCUUCCCAGAUCAAAUGGAUUCAAUUUCAAUUGUCAUCAACGUCCAAACUAGAUUUUUUCACUAGGCUGCUCCACGUAUUUUCUGGUAAUUUACUUCAUGCUUUCUCUACAAACAAAAAACAGACAAAAAACACUGGCAGUACAGCCCAGCAAAAAAGUACCGGACAUUACUACUUUUGCCACCACUGGAAAAAUCUAAAUAACAACAAUGUCAAAAUUUAGACUAAUUUCAUCAUAAUCUAUCUAUUGAAUUCAAAGAUACCUUAUUCUGUUGUAUGAGUAGAAACGCAGGUUGUCAUCGAGUCUAGUUGAAGAAAGGGCAAUCAAUCAGCCGCUUGCAUUAAUAGAUUAACAAAUUACAUUGUUUUAGAAGGUAAAUCAGAAUUUUAGACUGUUACCUUCAACACACCUGACAAGCCUUCUUUAUACAAUACGGGUUGAGAAUCACAUUUCUAGGACUUUAAUGGUGAUUGCCUGCACAAGUAAAAACUGCCAUAUGUGGACAUGUUGGAAGAUGGAUGCAUGAAAAAAAACAUCAAUGAAGACUGAGACAGCCUUUUUUUUCUUUUUCAAACUAAAUGAAGGUUCAAUCAGCUAAGAGAGAUCAAAUAAUUUAAUAUUGUUUAAGCCAAAGAUGUUUGUAUUACAUGUAUUCUAAUUUUGUACCAUGCAGUGAAGGAGUUUUUUACAGGUUUAUAGAGCCAUGUGAUCCCAGAAUUGCAAUUUAACAUUUUCUUAAAGGGGAAUGACUGUUUUUGUCAAUGAAAUCAGCCAAGUGUUUUCUUUUAUAUAGCCUACUCCUUUGUAAAUAACUGAAGUUUCCUGAAAUUACAAACUAUGUCAAUGAACAAGCCUCUCUUCUGUUUUAAUGCAAAUAUCCCUAUAUGCACUUUACAAUGGUGACUGGAAGUAAUGUGAUCAACAAUGUGCUUUGAGUGCUUUAUUAAACUGUAUAUUGUGUCUACAGGCA